AUGGCUAGUUUGCAAGCUUCGUUGUUGGCUCUAUUCAUCUCUGCACUUGCAUUUAACCAAAGUUUUGUUGAAGCAAGGUUUUCGAAUAGCAUGUACAUAAAUUGGGGCGCUUACCAUUCAACUUUUACAAGCAAUGGUGAAGACCUUCAACUUGUGUUGGAUCAAACUUCAGGUUCUGCUGUUAAAUCCAAGAGGGCAUUCUUAUUUGGAAGCAUUGAGAUGCUAAUAAAGUUGGUACCAGGAAACUCAGCUGGAACAGUCACAGCCUACUAUCUGUCCUCUACCAGGGACAAGCAUGAUGAGAUCGACUUCGAGUUCUUAGGUAAUGUUUCCGGACAACCAUAUAUUGUUCACACAAACAUCUACACUCAAGGAAAUGGAAGCAGAGAACAGCAAUUUUACCUGUGGUUUGACCCAACUGCUGAUUUCCACAACUACACCAUACACUGGAAUCCCACCGAAGUCGUGUGGUACAUCGACAACCUGCCAAUUCGUGUUUUCCGAAACUAUGAGAAAGAGGGGAUUGCUUUUCCAAACAAGCAAGGAAUGAGGGUAUACUCCAGUUUAUGGAAUGCGGACAACUGGGCAACUAGAGGUGGGCUUGUCAAGAUUGACUGGAAUAAUGCACCUUUCAUUGCCAGAUUCCGUAGGUUUAGGGCAAAAGCUUGCAAGUGGGAUGGGCCAGUGAGUAUCAAUCAAUGUGCCUCCAGAUCCCCAGCAAACUGGUGGACUUCCCCAACUUACAGCCAGUUGAGCAGUAGUAAGAUGGGUCAGAUGAAGUGGGUCAGAGAUAAUUUCAUGAUCUACGACUACUGCUAAGAUACUAAAAGAUUCAAUGGACAAAUGCCUCCUGAAUGUUUUAAACCGCAGUUCUAAUCCAUAUUCCCAUUUCUUUUCCUACUGCAUUAACCAAAAAAUUAUUUUGUAACAUUCCGCAUUUCAUUGCUUUUUUCCUCU